AUGCAGUGUAAAGUAAGAUUCAGAUUUGCAGGCUAUGAGUUCCCACCAUUCAUUGUCUUUAAAAUUUUUCACCGCUCAGGCAAUCAUAACAGCCGAUACAUCAGUGGAAAAAGAGUGAUUAGUCCUUCAAGUGAGGCUGCAGUGGAUGCUUGUAAACUGAUGGGGCAUCGAACAUACUAUGACCAAGUGAUUUAUGAUCACCUCGAACAUCAGGCAUACAAAGUAACAGAUGCUGUGGAUGUGGCCACUUUUAAAGAUUAUAUGCAAUACACAAGUCACCUCGAUGAAACGCCAGCACACCUUGGAGGCCGAGAUAAUUGUUGGAGAAGACUGUCACUGAAAAACAUGCCUCGGACAACAAUUAUGUAUGACAUAGUAAAUUAUGCAGAGUCCGGGACCAUUUCAGACAGACUUAGAGGCGAAAUUAAGUUGCUUCUUCAGAUCCCCAGAACUGAGGACCUAGAGCAGAAACAGCUCAAUGCGGUCACACAAUACAGGUUGUCACAAUCUUUCAAUGUAAUAUUUCUGAGCUGUAUUCAUUUACGGUCAAUGUCAAUUAUAGAUUUGUAG